AUGACAGACAUCAUCAAGCAUGUGCCACCUGAAGUAUGGUUGAACGUAUUUCAUCAAAUUGGAAGAGCAGGAAAGUUGUGCCAGUCUCGCUUAGUCUGCCGUCAGUGGAGCCAACUUGCUGAGAUUGCCAUGUUCGGUGAGAAGCUCUUCGUAUAUGGAAGCAGAGUAGCCAAGCUAUUCGCUUAUCUAAAAGAAAAGCCUCAAAAAGCUCGACUCAUUAAGAACCUAACUAUGCAAGCCUUUCCAGAAAAAGAAUCAGCAUUCAUUGACCUUUCGAGAGCAGCCUUUACAGACAACUUGGAGUAUUUAUCAACAGGAUCAUGGUCAGCAAGCGAGUCAUUCUAUGCAGCCUUAGUCGAGGCCGCUGAAAGUUUAUCCACCACUGAAUACAAGCUCAAAGCUAUGCCAAAUCCAGCUGAGGAAAACAGCAAGAAGUUUAUCAACGCUCUGCUUACUUUUAGAGAUACACUGCAACAGCUGCAAAUUUCAAUGGAAUGCAUCAAUGAAAACCCUGUUCUCAACAAGCUCAAGGUAUUCAAGCAAUUGGAAGAUUUAAGCCUGAAUGCCGAACCUCUCAUCAAUGUCAAGGGGCUGGAUACUGUAUUGCGAAAUUGUCCUUUCCUGAGCGAGCUCAAGCUAGCUUAUCCUGAUAGCGAUGAAAACAUGACACAAAGCGAUCCUUUUACGAUAACAUGGACAGUAGACAGCGUGGAGAAAGUCAGCAGCCUUCAAAAAGUAGCCAUUGACAUGCCUCAUUUGGAUCUAGUUUUAUACUUGAUCUACAAAUACCCAAGUAUCCAACGUUUGAUCUGCGGAAGUCGAGUAUUCUAUCAAGAAGAACUGUCUGGUCGAUUGUUGGAUGCGAUAAAACAUAUACCUCAGACUUUUGUCGGUUUCAAUUUCGCUACCGUGCAAGGUGUUCGACCUACAAUCCCUGCAAUCUGUGGUAAAAGCGACACACCAGUCAAGAUGUCAGUCCGCAUCUGCCACUUUAAGGGGAACAUUGGGUUUAAGGCUUACAUGAACGUUGCCGAAAUUGAGGGACAACAAGAACUGAGAAUUGGAGUGGAUGGAUUGGCCGCAAAUAACGUUCAACUGGGCAUCUUGGAUGAACUAUGUACCAUGUCGGAUCGCUGUACCAUUGAACAUCUCUGUGUGGACGGUUUACGCUCUCGUUGGUGGGAUCCAGAUACCGGCCAUCAACUGAUUUCUAUUUACCAUGUAUUCGAGACUUUACCUUCGUUGAAGACACUAUCCAUCUUUGUAGAGCGACUUGAAUACAAACCAAUAGAAGCAGACUCGCGCAUGAAGGGGAAGCUGGAGGAGUUGGAUAUUGAGAAUGCUGCAAUUGACGCUGGCAUAUUUCCCCAAAUCAGCCAGCUUUACCCAAAGCUGUAUCGUCUGCAGCUUGCUGAUUGUUCAAUUAUCAAUGCAGAUGGCCAGCACCAAGUGGAUGUCUUUUCGAUCACUAUGCCUCACACAUCCCUCGCUUUUCUAUCGGUGGACUUCACUAAUGUAACUUACAAUGGUGUUGAUCAUGCUCAAGUCAUGCGCGACAAAUUAAUAUCACAUCAUUCUUGCUAUCUACAAGUCUCUCUGCUCAGUCUUGAAAUGACCGUCUAUUGCAAAUUGGAAAAGGGCACAGCUGUAUUUAUCACGUACCAAGACUUUGAACUGGAGCGUAAAACAAACGAAUCUGUGCUUUUCUCUGUUACAUGCGAAAACGUUGCACGUAUUCAUGUGAAUGCCAUAGCAGAUGCUCAAGUAGAUAUUGCCACCUAUGUAAUGCAGCAAUUACAGGCUUCUCUUGACAAAUUACAAUUGGUGUCGAAGUUGGAUACUCAGAAUGACAGCGAAAGGGAAGAUUUGGAUAUGAGACUAGCGGUUACAGAGCAAAAGCAUGACAAGUAUCUUGCGACAUCCGCAUCCUUGAACUCGAAAUUGGAAGAAGUCUUCGGGUUCCAGAUGAAGGGCAACGAAAUAGACAACUUCCUCUUUGCCAAGCGCUUCUUUUACUAG